GCUGCUGCGCUAUUUUUAUGAAGUUUGAAAUACGAGUACCGAAUAUAAUAUUUAUGGAAUGAUUAAGGUUUUUAACGAUAAAAAGGAAUUGAUCUAUCUUAAUCACGAAACACUAAUUGAAGACUCAUACGUUGACUACAAACUUAAGCAUGAGUUAUUCAAUUUUUCUGAUAAAAAACCUAAACAUACAGAAGAAGGUACCAACGACAACUUGGCAACAAAACCAGACGUUAAAGAGAAUAAUAAAUUAAAGCGAACAAAAUGUAUUUGUUUGACAAACGAAAUGUCUGCCCUGGAUCAAGAUUGCAAACAAUUUCUCGCAAAACUAAAAACAGCAAUAACAUUCCCUACAUUUUCUUCAGAGUGUGAACUCCCACAUUAUUGGGAUGAAGCUAUGAACUUUCCUAAAUUUCAUGGUGAAAACAAUACAGCGACUCUUGCCGGAGCUAUGUCAAUUUGACUUGAUUGUGAUAGAUCCACCCUGGCGAAACAAAUACAUACGACGUCUGAAACGAGUACGACAAGAAUUAUCCUACCAAAUGCUUUCUA